UUUAAUUGUGCAUUAAGAUAUGAUUUAAGGGAGAUAAGGGGCUUGUAGAGAGGGUCCUUUCUUUCAGAUCUUGCUCCAAAAUCAGAACUACCAAAGCUUCCAUCUGAUUUGCAGAGAGUUUUUUUUUUUUUUUUUUCUUCUCAAGGGACCAACAGAGGCAACCAAGGACACUGUAGAGAGAGGAAAGUGGUUCUGUUCUUUCUGUGAGUAACAUAACAUGCAAUAGAUACUAUUAUGUAUAGAGAGAGAACAGAAGAGUUGAAGAAAGAUUGUUGUUCAGUUCGAAAAAUUUGCCCAUCAAGUACCCUUUUUCUGUUUUCAUUUUUUGGUUGGUUUUGCUUCCUAUCCAACCCUGCUCUUGAUUUUGCUGUGGUGGAUUGAAGGUUGUGGCGUAGACAUGUUGGACGGUCGUUCCUGCGUUGUUCCGAGGAUGUUUUCCGGCACUUGCCAGGCAGAGAACGAUUGGUCUUACAUGAAGUGCUUGCUGGAGUUGGACAUCAAGAAUGGCAAGCGCCCUAUGGAGAUUGAUGAUGUUGAGGAGGAUGAGCCCCACCAGCCAAGGAAGUGUACUAAGAAGUUGGAUUCUUGCCAUAGAGUUGAAAUGGCUCGAAUUUCGUUUCAACGUCAAUCUAUUGAGGCCAAGGAUUCUGUUGUUCCCCCUAUGGAUCAGGAGACCAUUGAGCCACUGAGUGUUUGUCAAGGAGUUGUUGAAGAAGAUGGAGCUUUGACCGACCAGCUAUUGGAUGAGAAAGAACAGGAGGUUGAUGGUUAUUUGAUGGAUUUUGGUGACCAUCAAUCUGAUAAACAGCAGCAGGCUCAGACGGGGGAUUCAUCAGAUUUCGGUGCUCAGCUAUCUGAUGAAGAUCAAUUGCAGCAUGAUGAUGAGAAUUUAUUGAAUUCGAGUGAGCAGCAAUCCGAGGGGCAGCAGCAGCACCAUGGUGGGGAUUCUUCGGAUUCCAGUUCUCUCUUGCCACGCAUGAACCGGGACAGUUCAAUCGCCUGUCUCAGCCGCUGUUCAAGGUCAGAUUAUGGUUCUCUCGCCUCGCUGAAUAGGAGCUUCUGGAACAUAAUCCGAAGCGGUGAGCUCUAUCAGUGGAGGAGACUGAAUGGUAUCAUGGAACACUGGAUUUAUUUUUCCUGCGCCCUCCUCGAAUGGGAGGCCUAUGAUCCGAUUCGCCAGCGGUGGAUGCAUUUGCCAAGGAUGGCUUCUAAUGAAUGCUUCAUGUGUUCAGAUAAGGAAUCUUUAGCUGUAGGUACUGAGCUGCUUGUGUUUGGGAGGGAGCUGAGAUCCCAUGUCACUUACAGAUACAGUCUCUUGACAAACUCGUGGACGUCCGGAACAAGGAUGAAUGCUCCAAGAUGCUUGUUUGGCUCAGCAAGCCUUGGUGAGAUUGCAAUAUUAGCUGGUGGGUGUGAUUCAGAGGGACACAUCCUUGACUCUGCUGAAUUAUAUAAUUCUGAGACUCAAACAUGGGAAACACUCCCAUGUAUGAAAAAACCCAGGAAGAUGUGCUCUGGGGUAUUUAUGGAUGGAAAGUUUUAUGUUAUAGGGGGGAUUGGGGGGUGUGAUUCUAAGCUCCUCACAUGUGGAGAGGAGUACAAUUUACAGACUAGGACAUGGACCGAGAUUCCGAGCAUGUCCCCUGGACGGAGUAGUAGGGGUCCUGAGAUGCCUGCAACAGCUGAGGCACCACCUCUGGUUGCUGUUGUAAAUGAUGAAUUGUAUGCUGCUGAUUAUGCCGACAUGGAGGUUAAGAAGUAUGACAAGGAGAGAAAAGUGUGGUUAACCAUUGGGAGACUGCCGGAACGAGCAGUGUCAAUGAAUGGCUGGGGUCUUGCAUUCAGGGCAUGUGGAGAUAAGCUUAUUGUCAUUGGUGGACCUAGGACUCAUGGCGAGGGCUUUAUUGAACUCAAUUCAUGGGUGCCUAGUGAAGGACCUCCACGGUGGGAUCUACUUGCUAGAAAACGUUCCGGCAACUUUGUCUAUAAUUGUGCUGUGAUGGGAUGCUGAAGCAUUGAAUUUUCAAAACACAUUUUGAUGCUUCGAGUCCAAGGAGUUGCACAACAUUGAUUGAUCCAUUGACACAGGAUUCUUGCUAAUUGGUACUUUGCCCCCCUUAUUUCUUUCUGAUAUUUUUCUUUCAAAGGUUGGGGAUGAUGGGGACAAGAUUCAGAUAUAUUAUUCAAGAUUAGCUGAAAAGUUUUCUGGGGAGGAGCUCUUUUGUCCUUUUUUUUGUUUUUUUUUCUUCCUUUUAUGUUUAAAAUUUCAACCACUAUUUUGUUACAUUUAAAUUGGCAUCUUCCCCCAUUUCCAUUGACCUGAGAUUUUUCAAACUUUGGUAUCACGUAGCAAAGAAAUAGAUUAAAUAAUUGAAGUUCCAUACAAACUUAGGUUACUGGUGUUGUUUGUUUAAGUGCUUCUAAGAACACAACUGGAUACUUGCUUUUCAUGACAAAUUACCGAGCUCGAAGGAAUGAAAUAAUUUUGAGAUUUUUUUCUUCCUUUUUUGAAUUCUGUAUUGAUUCAAUUUUCCAUUUGAAUUCAUGGACUUUGUAUCUUGAGCUCUCUCUGGUCUGGAAACUGGUAUAUAUGACCAUUCCAUUUAUUACUUACAGCAGAUUGUUAUCAUUAAUAGAAUUUGUCUAUCUCCUUUUUUUAA